AUGGGUUUGGGACAAACGGUCCUUUCUAUACAUACCUUCCAUGCUCGGCCUGAUCCCUUCCCAGAAGAGGACAACUUACUAGUGUCAGCUUGGCUUAAUACUAGUUUGGACCCAAUCAAUGGGGUUGAUCAAUCUAAACAUUCAUUUUGGGUUAGAGUACAUGAAUAUUAUGAGAAAAACAAAAAUUCCACAUCUUGUGAACGUAGUUUAAGCUCUCUCACAAAUAGAUGGUCAACCAUCCAAUAUGCUACAAAUAAGUUUUGUAGGGCCUUAGCUCAAAUUGAAGGAAGGUCUCCAAGUGGGGCUACUAAGCAAGAUAAGAUUGAGCAAGCAAAGGAACUCUGUCGAAGUAACCAAUCCGCAACAUUCAACUUCCUUUAUUGUUGGAAUAUUCUAAGGCACCAUCCAAAAUGGAAACAGACUGUAGCUGAGGGUAGUGUGAAAACUAAGAGAAAAUCAGUAACCCCAGAUGUUCAUGUGCCAGAGUUUACAAUCAUAUAUGAAGACAUCAUAUCUCUAUCUAUAGAUGUGAAUCUAGAGAGACCCAUUGGAAAGAAGGCUGAAAAGAAGCAAAAGAGGCAAGAUAGUACCUCUUCCAAUCUUGCGGAUUUGAUGACUAAAAUGAGAGAGGAGAAGAAGAGAGCAAAUGCUGAGAAGGGAGAAGAUAGGAAAGAGAUUAUCCGUCUUACGAAAGAGAGGCUUGAUUUGGAUUAAAGAAGAGAAGAUAAGGAAAUUAUGAGGAUGGACACCUCAAGUUUGUCUCCAAUGCAGCAAGAGUAUUUCUGUAGCCCCCAAUUAGAAAUACUUGAGAAGUAAAGGUCUACAAAACCAUGAUUGGGUUUGGUAUGGGCUACAAAUGAACAUAUUUUGAAAGGUAACAAUGCAGCCACUUUUGGGAAUGCUCUUUUGAUAGUUUUUUGUCUAGAACACAGCACAAACAUGAAGCUUAUGUCCAGCCACAUUUGGGAAUAUGGGUUUGAUAGUUUUUUGUAUAGAGUACUCUACAAAACCUGAAGCCACAACGUAGCUAGUGGAUAGUUCAGAUUUUUUUUUUUUUUUUUUUUGUAUAGAACACAGCACAAGUAGCACACUAAACUGUCUUAAUAGUCUAAUGUGUUCUUUGUUGGAGAAGUUAUGAUGGUGGCACACCAAAGUGUUGUUGUGAAUGACUUAACUUUAAUUAUGAGAAUGAAUGAGCAGGAACCGGCCAAAACUAUGGCAUUUCUAUCUUCAAUUUAUUGUCUCCCUAUUGAGUUUCUAUGCUUGAUCAAUAUAUUACACUAUAAUUGAUGUGUA